AUGUCAGACGAGGACAAUUUGCCAGAAGAGACAAGAGAAGAGAACCAGUAUGACACUCAAGUGGAGGUGGAUUCAUUUGAAGGUCCAAUCAAAGAUAGAAAAUGUCGUGAUGUAUUAUUCCUUAUCAUUUUCAUAGCACUACUUGGAGGAAUGGGUUACACAGCCUACAUCUCUUUGCAAUAUGGCUCCCCUGAAUGCUUGAAUCUUGGCAACACACAGGAAUGCAAGUCAUGCCUAUUGAAUAUAUGUUUUCCCAAGGACCUAAAUGUUUCCAGUUUACUACUCAAUGUUGGAAUCAAUGAUCAGAAAAUGAUCAGAGACAUUCAAACAACUUGGAAAGAAAUAUGCUACAUGAUUCUUCUCACAGUUGGUGUUGUCUUACUGCUUUGUGUGCUGCUACGUUUCUUUGCUGGCUUUAUAAUCUGGACCAUUGUGAUUACAGUGCCUUUUGCUAUAUGUGGUCUAUGUGUUUAUUCAUGGUAA